CUUAGAGUCUUUACUUUAUUUUUGUAUAGCUAUUCAAGCUCAUCAUAGAAGGAUUCUAUUUAUCCAGGAUGAGCUUAGGUCGUGAUGUCAGCAUAAUACUUAAAUUCCCAAUAAGCCCAAGAAGUGAAUCUGGAUUCCAUUAAGUCUAAUAAGUAAUCUAGUUCCUUGUUUCCUUUUGGAGUAUCAAGAAUAGCUCCGAAUUCAGUCAUGAAUUUGCCAACUCCUAACUUCUUGGCAACACCCUCUUUGGUUGCAAAGAAGAAUGAAUCCAUGUAAUUGCACACUUGAUCAUUCUUAGGAAUGCUGUAAUCAUCAACAUUAAAGCAAUAAAUGUGAUAACUGUAGACUUCUCUAUCUCUAAAUUCUUCACCUCCAGGAGUAUCUUUAAAUCCAGCACCGAUCAGAUCAGUAGUUCCAGGUUCAAAAAAGAUUGAUCAUCAUACUUUCUGAUUUGUUUAUGCACUUUUCUGUAAAG